UCUGUCUGUCAAAUAAAUGAAAUCUUCUAUAGAAAAACAUUGUUUCUAUAUAAAAAACAUUUUUUAAAAAUUUUAUUACUUGGGAGACAGUAAAAGUGAGAGAGAUCAGAGAUGGAGAGGCAGAGGGAGAAGCGGACUCCCUGGCUGAGCAGAGAGCCUGAUGCAGGGCUCAAUUCCAGGACCCUGAGAUCAUGACCGGAGCCGAAGGCAGAGGCUUAACCAACUGAGUCAUCCAGGUACCCCUACAAGUUAAAAUUUACAUAAAUAUUUACUUUAGGUAAAAAUCUCUCAUGCCUGCUUUGAAGAGUAUUCUUUUUCCCUUUCCUUUUUUGCCUCUCUUUGCCCCUCUAUGUUCAUAACCUCCUAUAGACAUCCAGUAACCUAUAUUAACUUCCUGGGUGUUUGCCCUGUAUUUUUUUUCUCUGUGCUCAUAUAGUUACAUGUGUAUACCUCAUAUACAUAUGCAUGCAUAUAUAUUUACAUUUAUAGCAUUUUAUUUUAUUCUGAGAUAAAAUCGUACAUUGAAUCUAUGGAUCCAUUAAUUUUUUUUAAAGAUUCUAUUUAUUUAUUUGACAGACAGGAAUCACAAGCAGGCAGAGAGGCAGAGAGAGAGAGAGAGGGAAAGCAGGCUCCCCGCUGAGCAGAGAGCCUGAUGUGGGGCUCGAUCCGAGGACCCUGAGACCAUGACCUGAGCCGAAGGCAGAGGCUUUAACCCACUGAGCUACCCAGGCGCCCCUGUAUCAAUUAAUAUGGGGGAGAAUUGACAUCUUUACAAAUACUGUUUUCCAAUUCCUGAGAGUGAUCUAUCCCAUAAUUAAUUUAUAUAAAUAGAGGAGUUUGUGUAUGUGUAUUUGGCAUUAUGUCUCUCCUUGAAACUCUGUCCUUUGGUUUUAGUGACACUGUACUCAUGGUUCCCCUCCUCCACUUUGGUCAUUUCUCGUUUUUAUUUGUAAACUUAUUUUCCUAUACUGGUCCUCAGUGUUCUGUCAUUGGCUCACUUUGUCUUGUCCCUAAGUGACUUCUGUCUAUUCAGUGAUUAUUCACAAAUGUUUAAAUGUUUAUCUCUAGUUUGUACCUUUCAUUGUUGUUCUUAUUCUCUAGACCCAAAUACCUUCUGGACAUUUCCACUUUUGCCAUUCAACUUUGUUGGAUAAAUCUAAAACCUUUUUAAUUACAAUUUUUGGCACUGAUGUCCUUAAAAAAAUCUUGCUGUACUUCAAAGUUAUAAAAUGUUAUAUUUUAUUCUAAUACUUUUGUAGUUGACUUUUUUACAUUUAAUACUUUAUUCCACCUGGGAUUUAUUUUAUGUCUGGAGAGAUAACUAGAGAAAAUGUAAUGAUUCUAUGUUUUUUUCUCUUGUUGUUGUUUUUUUUUUUUUUAAGGUUUAUUUAUUCGUUUGAGAGAGAGAGAGUGAGGAAGGGGUUGAGGGAGAGGGAGAGAAAGAGAAUCUCCAGCACAUUCCUGGCUGAGCACAGAGCCUGACAUGGGGCUUGAUCCCACAACCCUACAGCCCUAGAUCAUGACUUUAGCAGAAGCCAGGAGUCAGACUCUCAACUGACUGAGCUACUCAGGCUCCCCUCUCUUGUUUUUAUGAGUUGAUAUUCAUCUAUUCUUUUUCACUAAAUGUCCAUUUUAUAGGUUAGUGAGAGUACUUUUGACUAAGUAUUAUGAGGGCUGGACGAAGUAUAUCUUGUUCAUUGUUGGAUUCCCUGGCAUUUAGGACAAUGCCUAGGUGAUAGUAAGAUUUAGUCAACAUUAUUUAAUGAAUGAAUUAUGGAAGGGGAAAAUACUUUCAUUACUGGUUUUAACUUAGUAAUGCUUUCCUGUUUUUUUCUCUAUAUAUCUUUAAUAUCAGGAAAUCUGCAUCUUAGAAGUCUUUAACCAAUCAAACAUUUUAAUCUCAUCAAACUUUGCAAAACAUUCUUUUUCUCUUCAGGGUAAACCAAAUAACUUAUUCGUGUCAGCUAUGCUUUGAUUCUUUCCUAGAUCACAAGCUUACUAGAGAAGCAGUUUAUAUUCACUUUUCUUCUAAGUUAACAAAGCUUUUAUGAAAACAUGCUGUUGCAGAUGUGGUUUUGUGGAUAUAAUCACAUGUCUGUUACUGUUUCUGUGUCUGCUUAAUUUUUACUGCUACGCUGUGCCUGUUCCAGAGGGUUUAUUUGGCUGAUUUGUUUUCUUUACUUGCAAUGGGAGUUAUGUAUAAUACAUAAUGAGGAUCUACUUGUUUUUUUUGUUGAUGAUUAUCUCAGCGAUAAGGUCAAGGAACUGAAUUAAAAUGGAAUGACAAUUCAUCCCACCAUUAUUUAAUGAUACCUUCUGUGUGCAAAGAACAAAAUGCUGUGGAAUAUGUCUCUGUCUGCAAAGAGUGUAUCUUUCCACAAAGAGACAUUAGUCUCAUACCAUGGGGGACUGGAAUUUAUUGGGUGGCAUCCUAGAGGAAGUUCACUCCCAUUCAACUAUAGUGGGGAAAAUCUGGCUGACCAUUCUCUUCAUUUUCCGAAUGCUGGUACUCGGUGUGGCUGCUGAAGAUGUCUGGGAUGAUGAACAGUCAGCCUUUGCCUGCAAUACCCAGCAGCCCGGUUGCAAAAAUAUCUGUUAUGAUGAUGCUUUCCCUAUCUCUUUGAUCAGGUUCUGGGUUUUACAGAUCAUUUUUGUGUCUUCUCCUUCUCUGGUGUAUAUGGGCCAUGCACUUUAUAGACUCAGGGCCUUUGAGAAGGAGAGGCAGAAGAAAAAGUCACACCUCCGAGUCCAGAUGGAGAAUCCAGAGCUUGAACUGGAGGAGCAACAAAGGAUAGAUAGAGAGCUGAAGAGGUUAGAGGAGCAGAAGAGAAUCCAUAAAGUUCCUCUGAAAGGAUGUCUGCUGCGUACUUAUGUCUUACACAUCUUGACAAGAUCUGUGAUGGAAGUAGCAUUCAUGAUAGGCCAGUAUAUUCUCUAUGGGUUUCAAAUGCAUCCCCUUUACAGAUGCACUCAGCCCCCUUGCCCUAAUGCAGUGGAUUGCUUUGUAUCCAGGCCCACAGAGAAGACAAUUUUCAUGCUCUUUAUGCACAGCAUUGCAGCCAUAUCUUUGUUCCUCAAUGUACUGGAAAUAUUUCAUCUUGGAAUUAGGAAAAUUAUGAGGGCACUUUAUGAGAAAUCCAGCAAUGAGGGCAUUGAGAAGGAAAGUGGCACCCCAUUCCAUUUGAAAAAAUAUUCAGUGGCCCAGGAGUGUAUAAUUUGCUCUCCCUUGCCUAAAAGAAUCUCUCUACUUCAAGCCAACAAUCAACAGCAAGUCAUUCGAGUCCAUGUGCCGAAGUCUAAAACCAUGUGGCAAAGCUCACAGCCCAUGCAACUUGAAGUAGACCCUUGCUGUGUUAAAAAAGAGUGGGUUGAGAAGGAUCAGCACAGUGGACAGCUCCAUGUCCACAGCCCUUGUCCCUGGGAUGAUGGCGCUCAGAUUCAGCACCCUAGACAGCAAACACGCCUUUCCUGUGUCCGUCAAAACGGCAACUCCCACUCCUGGCUAGGUACAGAGACAGAUCCUAGAUACGGCCCAUCCUAUGCAACAGGAGCCUGGGAGCAGUCCCAGGAUCGACGAACCUCAGGAGAGCCUCUCACAGAUUUGCACAGUUACUGUAGAGACAGCGAUAGCAGUGUGAGAAAGAGUGGGAUCUGGACAGACAGAUCUCACCCGGGCAGUCGCAAGGCCAGCUUUCUGUCCAGAUUGCUGUCUGAAAAGGGACAGUUGCACAGUGACUCAGGAAGCUCCAGUUCUCGGAAUAGCUCUUGCUUGGACCUUCUGCACCGGGAAAAUAGCCCCUUGCCUCUGCCUUCAGCCACUGGGUAUAGAACAUCAAUGAACAUGCUUCUAGAACUUUCAUCUAUUAUGAAAAAAUAAUUCAUGCGUGGGGACAGAAAAAUGGACCGAGGAGCAGCCGGCAUCUGUGGCAGAAAAGUUGCACUUUUGAUAGCUUAAACUGUGAGAAGAACUGUGGGAACCAUUCCCUCCACAGAGACACCCACUGGGCAAUGGGUGUGUACAGGGUGGCCCCAGCUGGGCCCACCUGCACAGGAGAUUCUCCUCUGAUGGGGCUGGAUGGACCUCUCAUGCCCCACCUGGCCUCACUACCAGUGCUGUGUCAGGCAGGAGGAGGCAGGGAGGAAGUGUGCACCAGGAGAGAAAAUCUCGGGAGGUGGCAAUGAGGUGUGGAGAUAUGAAGAGGCAUGAGCUGUUCCACAGUGAGUUGGUAGAAGAGCCAGUGAAGACCAGGUGGAUGAAAAUGAUGCUGGGGCCAAGUCCAAGUGGGUACCACCAAGGGGCACACCAGAUUCCAGGUGCUUAAGAUGCAUCAGCUCUACCUUGUACAGCUGUGGAAGAUUAUUGUUGAUCCCCACUUUAUAGAUCAGAGGAAGCUCAAAGAGACUGAGGAACAUGCCCCACAGCUAAAGGUCGCGUGGCUGAAGUAUCUGCUCUACAGAUGGAUACAAACCCGGAUCUCGCUGCUCCAAGGCUCGGGUUCCUGCCAGGAAGCGUUGAAGCUGUGCGCUCCCUGGCCGUGACAGUCCGCAGCCCCUGGGCAACAAUUGAUUUGCAUAGCUGCCUGUCCAACUAGCCUAUGGAAGCUAUAAGGAUAAGGGCCGUGCAUUUUAAAUCUUGGAUGCCCAGCUCGCAGUACAGUGUUAGUUGAAUGAAUGUUUGUUUCUGUAUGGAUGCCAAAGACAAUAUAUGACCUUUCAACUCUC